CCCGCCCCGAUCCCGUCCCGUUCCACACCGCCAUACGUGGCCCCUAUUUAUGCGGCCCGUCUCAUGCAGCGCAUGGGCUGGGCUGGGUUCAACCGGUAGCACUGGUGUAUUUACACAUCUCCCAUCUCGUCUCGUCUCGUCUCAUCUCAUCGGCGGUCGUCGUCGUCGUCGUCAUCAUCCGGAGGCGCAAGAAAGCUCAGAAGAAGAAGCCACGUCCGGCACGUGAGGUCCGGCGAUGGAGAAUUCCUGGGACGAGGAGGGGCGGCGGCUGGCGGCGGCGCGGGUGGUGCACAGCCAGGUGAGGAAGAUCAAGGAGGAGGAGGGCGACAAGGUGAAGGUGGACGACACGUACCAGCAGCAGCAGCAGCUGGCCGAGAUGCGCCUCGUCCUCCGGGACCUGGGCCGGCAGCGCUCGCGCUCGCCGCUCGGCCGGGUGGGCCGCCCCGCCAUCUCCAUCGGCGGCGACUCCUAGUCCUAGGGCCGGCCAUCCUUUUUUUUAUUUUCUAGCUUGGUCGUCGUCGUCCCCUCGUGCAAUCUCGCCGUGUAUUAGGAUUUUCUUUUUCCUUUUCUUUGGUGAUCCUGUCCAUCCGUGGAUGGGGCAGAGGAUCAUCUUCUGCUGGUGGUUAGGGCGUCGUUCCCAUCUCUCCAUGAUGGUUGUGUAAAUACUUCAUACUCAUUUGUGUGAGUUGUCAGUCUCUUCCUUUUUUCAGUUUAGGAAACAAAAAAACGAAUUUUGGA